CCCUAAUAAAAGUGUUACAGAGUACUAUUUUAAAAAAGUAUAGAAAGAUAUCCAUGUAGAGUGCCACGUUGUUACAUUGAAAUUUUAUGUUUUUCACUUGUAUAGAGUAAAGGCUCUCUAGAUUGGGAGGCGAGUACGGAGUAUGAAAGGAAGAAUGUAGAGCGUACUUUAACAAAGAAUCAUGCGAGUAAAAUGAUCACCCGAUGACGAUGAUGAGUAUUGAUCUGAUUUGUUUUUUUCUUCUUUUUCCAACGAGUCUCUCUAACGAAACUUCGUGGAAGCUCACCAUGGCCGGUGGGUCGUAUCCCAUCCUCUGCUCUCAUCAUUUAACGUGACCAUCUCCUGGAUGGCCUCCUCCAUUUAUUCUUCUUCAUUCUUCUUCUUCUACCCAAGCCCGCCAGUCGUCCAUAUGCCAAUUCCCUUCUUCCUCCGUUUCUUAGCAUGAAGCUUCUCAAGAGCAUCUCAUCAAGCCCCAAGAAGUUCUUCAAAUCCAGAUUCGCCCGCUCCGUUUCCCGACCCGGAGACCCGAACUCCAUCGGCUCCGGAUCCGGUUCAUCCCGCUCCUCCAAUAACAACAACCCCCGCGAUCCCGCCGGGGCAGUAGAAUUCCCCGGCGACGAGCUGGUCCAGGCGUUCAACCUGAUCGACCGAAACCGGGACGGGAAGAUUCAGAGGGAGGAGCUCGCGGCUCUGUUCGGCCUGCUGGGAGCGGAGGAAUUGGAAAUCGACUGUGUGAUGAGCGAGGUGGACAGGAACGGCGACGGAUGCAUAAGCCUGGAGGAGUUCGCGGCGCUCCGGCCGGCAUUCGCGGCGCCGUCGCGCGGCAGCGAGGUGAGGGACACCUUCGAGCUGUUCGACGCGGACGGGGACGGGAGGAUCUCGGCGGAGGAGCUGUACAGGGUGCUGGGGAGGAUCGGGGACGGGAGGUGCACGAUAGAGGAGUGCCGGCGCAUGAUAAGCGGAGUGGAUAAGAACGAGGAUGGGUUUGUGUGCUUCGAGGACUUCAGCCGUAUGAUGGAGCAGCAGAUAUUCCUGUAAAAUUAAAAAAAACAAAAUUGAACCCUUUUUAUCUGAUAUAUAUAUUCAUAAACAAUUUGAUAUACAUGAUCUUCAAAUUCAAGCAGUAUAGAAUGUUAUAUUGAUCCGACCCGGAUUUGAUAAUUAGGAAUUUAGGAUCUGUUUGGGUCAUGUCUACUGUGCAUGUC